UUUCGCCUAUCGGCAGUCUUGGCGUGGUCUGCGGAGCUCCUGCAUCCGAACCGGGCUUCGACUCCGAGACGCUCCCAUCAAGACUCGGUGCUGUCUGUACGCUGACCGGCUGCGGGAGCCACGCUCGCUGUUAGAGACGUCGUGAGAGGACCUGGAGCGCACAGACAGCUUUCACGGUCAGUGCUAUAGCCCUCUAGCCUCAGAGGAGAGAAGGCGCUUGGUGAGCUGACGAAGCUGACGUCUCUGCGCGACGCAUCAUACCGCAGCCCACACCGACAUGACUUCGAUAGUCAGACCUCGCUCUGCUCAGCCUACAUCAGCUCGGUUGCCAGAGUUUGGGGCUGGUCCCAGCAGCGGUGCUGGGCCUUCAACGGGCCCUGCUACCGCCACGAACUUCGGCGAUGGGCUGCCGACCCGCGCUUUCGAAGGCUACGGCAAUUACGAGGGUGAGGAGUUGUCCUUUCUGAACGAUCCCGCCCUCGACUCGGUGGGAAUCUUGCCUGGAUUCGAUGCAGACUUCGACCUCGGGCUUGGCUCACCGAAGGACGGGCAAAGUCCGCUCUUUCGCUUUCCCGAGCUGCCCUCCAGCUUGCUCGAUCAAGCUCCAGAGUACGAAUAUUCUGCCCACACACAAACAAACGUCUUCGAGGCCACGCAUGACUAUGUUUCAGAUUUAAAUGCUUCGAAAUGGUUUGGAUUGGACGACUUCGAUCCUUUGCUCAAUCCCGAUCUCAACGCAGGGGGGAUAAUGGCCGCAGCACCACGCGCGACCGACGGUGGUGCGAGCGCCUGGGGCUAUGCGCAGGACGCAGGUCCUGGUCUGUCCAGUGGGGUUGGGUCCAUGGGUGCCACCCCGGCUGUGGGCUACACCGACUCUCCGUACGGACCAGAGUCUGAACCGCCUUCGCGAGCCUCUGAAGCGGGUUUCUUGAGUGCUCAGAAUGGUGGUGGGGCACUCGCCGACGUCAAUCAAAUGGGCGGUGGUGGUGCUGGACAGGCAGGCAAGCGUCGACGAGACUCAUUCGAGUCGCCACAAGCGAGGGCUGGCAGUGCCGUUGCCGGUCAGCAAGCUUGGCCUUCUCGAGCCGCACCAAACCCGUUCCAGCCUCCCUCUCAAGCGCAGAUUCAGCCGCCGCCUCUUGAAGCGCAGGCUUACGACCAGUAUGGUCGGCCCAUUCCAGUCCGACGUACGCAGCCACAACAAGGCCCUCCGCACGUGGUCCCUUCGCAGUCCAUCCCGGCACCGGGCCCUCGGGUGCGCAUGCAAAGCUGGAACGAAGGAAAUCAGCGUGCUAGCUCUUACAGUGAUGAAUGGGGCCACCCCGGAAUGUAUGAUUCUCCCGGACACGCCAGCUCAUCGUCAGGCCACAUGCCCCGCGGAGCGAUGCACGGCCAGAUGAUGCAUCCCUACAAUCAACAACCUCGCGGGUCGUACGCGCCCAUGCCGGGUGCUGGUGCUUCCUACUUGGACGGACAUCCAGGACUAGGGCCACAUGGGGCUCGCCUGAGUGUUGCUUCCGACAUCAGCGCAUCCUCGAGCAGCCGAUUGCUAGAGGUGUCUGCCCAUCAGACCGAAAUGUCCCUCAACGCGGCUGUUGGAGCCGCUAUGGAGGCUACAGGCGAUCCCGAUGGCGUAGCCAAAUGCCCGUAUCCACGCUGCGACAAGACUUUCGCAAAGAAUCGCAGCUACAAUCUCAAGGCUCAUCUGAGAAGCCACUCUCAGCUGAAGCCCUUUGCGUGCUCACACUGUCCGCGGGCUUUUAGUCGCAAACACGAUUUGGAGAGGCAUGCCCGUGUCCACUCGGGCGACAAGCCGUACCUGUGCGAAGCUUGCGGAAAAGGCUUUCCGCGUAGUGAUGCCCUGCGGCGCCACUGGCGUAUGGAGAAGGAAUGUGGAGAGAAGGCAGCCGAGAUCGAGGCUGGUCAGCCACUCCCUUCUCUGCCUCCAGGCGCGAGCGCCAUUAUGGCCAAUAUACCCGGUGCACACUUCGCCCCUGGGCAGAUGCUCGGAGCUGUGCCCCCUCCCCACGUCACACACGCCCCGUACAUGGGCAUGCAGCCACAUCCACAAGGUGGCUGGGAUGACGCACAAGGCUACGACGCCUACGAGCCUGAUAGACGAGGCGACAAGCGCAUGCGCCCCGCUCCAUACUAGACUUUCCACUGCCGUGGUCAUCGGCCGCCGUGCGCCCCUUUGCAUACCCCUCUUACCCAGCCUGCUCUCAGGACGAAAGCGCACUAUAACAACACCACCACUAAUGCUCUGACUACUAUACAGCUUUGGCAUCGGCGAUUCUGCUCUGCAUUGCUCCGCUUCCAACAGUCGAUGCUUGGCAUGCACUGCAUGGCGGAUGCUCGUCAAGCGCGAGAUAUCCUGCUUCU